UUGUGUUUACCAAUUUAACUAUGUGUGUACCAUUAAUUUUGUGUUAACUAUUUCAUAUAUGUAGUGUCUCACCUGUUUGAACCUUUUACAGACUGUAGUACCAUAUCUUGCCUGCAAAAGCAAGCGAUUUAUUUAACUUUUGUUCAUAGCAAGACCAUAGUAAUAAUAAUAAUAAUAAUAAUAUCUUUAUUUACUACCAGUGCAUGUACAAGGUAUACAGAUCAUAGCUGACAUCAGUGACAUACUAUUAUAUAGAAAGUCACUUGUUAUGUUGAACAUUUCCCGCAAAUUAGGUCAUUGUCCCAGGAUGCGACCCACACCAGUCUAGUAACACCCAGGUUCCCAUUUCACAGAUGGAUGAAUAUAGAUAACAGGUGUAAAGAAACGUGCCCACUAUUUCUACAUUGGCUGGUAAUCGAACCCAGACCCUCAUCGUGUGAAACAAGAACUUUAGCCACCAGGCCACCAGAUCCUUGUGGUCUGGAACAAGAAGCUUUUAUACAAUAAAUUCCCAUUCCUGGUCUUGUGUUGAUGUAUCAGGAGCUACAUCAGCAGCAACAAAAUCUGAGAAGCAACAACAACACUGUCAGCAACAAUAUCUGAAAAACAACAACAGGUCUGUCAGCAACAAUACCUGAAAAACAUUAUCAGCACUGCCAACAACAAUAUCUGAGAAGCAACAACAAUAUCAUCAUUAACAUUAUUAACAUCAUCUUGCUUCUUCUGUGUCAUGGCUGUAAUAACUAAGGAGGAAAAUAAUGGCUUCAGAAUGCUGAAAGCUUUGAGUGAGUGUGGUAGACGAGUGUUGCAUCACACAUUCUGCUGGGGAACACCAGAUAAACCUGCUACUACAACACUUGAUCAUUACUUAAGCAACUUAAAACAAACAUCAUCUGCCAACUACUUAAAACUCAAAAGUAAAGAUCGAAGGUUUGACAAAACACAAAAGAAAUUGAUAAAUAGAAGUGCAAAUGGAAGAGAGUUUGAUGUUCCACUACUGUGUAGGAGCAUCAAACUUGCUUGUGAGAAUGUUGCUCCUCUCAGUGAUCCAGUAUGGAUCACUGACAGUGCACAAAUGGAGUCCUACAUCACUGCCAUAAACAACAUGAGGAACAAUGCUGCUCACGGUCCACUUGCAGUUACUGACGAAGAUUAUCAUGAAAAUAUGAGAAAGUUUCGUGAGUUGUUAACUGGUUGUCUUAAGACAUCUGGAGAGAGGUAUGGGAGAGACCAGACUGAAGUUAACAAGGAGAUCCAGCAGAUGAAUGAUGACCUGGACUACAUCAUGAAUGAAAUUCUCAGUGAGGAAGAUAUAAUGAAGUAUUGUAGUGAUGAUAUAAAACAGAUUAUCAUUAAAGACAGUUGUGGUAAACUGAAGGAAAUCUUGCAGCAAAUAACUUGUGUUAACCCAGUACCUUGUAUCAGUGACAACUUUCAACUUGAAGUAGACAAAAUUUUUGUUGAUAUUGAAAUUAAACAAGUAAGACGAAGAGGUAAUAAUGAACAUAUAGAUUAUAGAGACCUUCUCUCACUUGUGCAGACAACAUCUGUGGCAUCAUGUGUGAGCUCUGGUACACAACAACAAGGUUCCUCCCCACGACCACAAAUACUACUGCUUGAAGGUGUGGCAGGAAGUGGCAAGACAACUCUAGUGAAGCUAAUAACUAAGCAAUUUAUACAAGGUGGUCAAGGUAACAUCAAGGACUUAGAUAAUUAUGAUCUCUUACUGUGGGUACAGUGUAGGGACCCGACCAUCAACUCCUACCACCAUCUUCUACACCGACUAUUACCAGAUGUUUCAGCAAAAUUCAGAAAUAUUGUGCCUAAAAUAAUCAAGCUUUGUAAGGUAAUAAUAAUAGUUGACGGUCUGGAUGAACUCAAUAACAACUCCAGAACAUUAGUUAAAAGUCUUUUACUGGAAUUCCAAAACUCUAUUAACACAACUUUUAUCUGCACCUCAAGACCUGAAACAGUGGAAAUCUUCAGCUUGACGAUUCCUGAAGAUUAUGAUGUGACAAAUGCUAAUCUACGAGGCAUAAAGCAAGAGCAUAUGGCAGAAUUUGUGCGUCAGACUCACCAGGAGAUAAUUAAGCUGACCAACAGUAACAGAAACACUUUUAAACUAGUGAGGAAGGUGAUGGAGGUUACAGGUCUUCACGAACACUUACGUCUACCAAUGAAUUUAACAUUUCUUGUUUACAUCUUGGACCAGGAACCUGAUGAGUUAAACAUAAGAACCAUAACACAAACACAACUCUACCAUAAAAUACAUCAUAUGUGUCAAAGUAAGUUAUUAGAGAGAUUAACAAACUGUUCAAAGACCAAGAUAAUGAAUGAAAGUAGUGUACAGAACGGUGUUCAAGAAAUAUUGAAGAUAAUAUACGCGACAUCACUAGAGAGUCUCUCACGUGACCAGUUGAGUCUUGAAGAAGAGACUGUUGAUGAACUAAUAUCUGCUUGUAACAAACAUGAUAUACCUUACCAUGAGAUGCUGUCUGCUUUCUUGAGUUUGAAGCCAAUAUGGACUUGGCAAGGCAUCAAGGAGCGCUACUCUGCACCACACAAGGGAAUCCAAGACUACUUCAGUGCUCUGCAUAUUGUGAUGACUCUCAAGCACCAGCUGGAGUGUUCACCACUCCCAGUCUUGUACACCCACCACCCAGCACCACCUGUGUCUUCCCAACCACCUGUGAUAACUGUACCACUAUCAUCAACACCACUUGUGUCGUCCCAACCAACUGUGAUAACUAUACCACCAUCAUCAACACCACCUGUGUCUUCCCAACCAUCCUGGAUAACUCUGUCACCAUUACCAACACCACCUGUGUCUUCUAGACUGCCUGUGACAACUUUAUCACCUACACAAACACCACCUGUGACAAUUAUGCAACCAUCACAAACUCAACCUUCACCAUCACCAGUCACAUCUUCACCAACCUCACCAAUAUCAACCUCACCUACACCAGCAUCACCUACACCAGCACCACCUACACCAGCAUCACCUACACCAGCACCACCUACACCAACAUCACCUACACCAGCAUUACCUAUACCAGCAUCACCUACAUCAGCACCACCUGCACCAGCACCGCUUACACCAGCAUCACCUACACCAGCACUACGUACACCAGUAUCACCUACACCAGCACCACCUACACCAGCACCAGCUACAUCAACACUACCUACACAAACAUCACCUACAUCAGCACACCUACAUCAGCACCAUCUACACCAGCAUCACCUACACAAGCAUCACCUACACCAGCAUCACCUACACCAGCACUACGUACACCAUUAUUACCUACACCAGCACCAGCUACAUCAACACCACCUACACCAACAUCACCUACACCAACAUCACCUACAUCAGCACCACCUACAUCAGCACCAUCUACACCAGCAUCACCUACACCAGCAUCAUCUACACCAGCAUCACUUACACACUGCACGCCUGUCAGUAUCAGUGGAAUGUGAAGAGAUCAUCAGGUCAGCUACACGUGCCACACCUAUCUGUACCAGGGAAGUGUUAGAAGAGAGCAUCAGGUCAGCUACACCUUCUACACCUAUCAAUUUCAGGACAAUGCAUUUAGAAUAUUUCAUCAGUUCAGCUAUACGUAGCGCACCUGUCAAUAUCAUGGGAGUGUUAAAAGAGAGCAUCAGGUCAGCUACAACUGUCAGUAUCAGGGAAGUGUUAAAAGAGAGCAUCAGGUCAGGUGUGGUAGACAUAAACAAGUACCAGAAUGUUCUGAUACAUGUGGCUGGGCUGCUGCACCUGGUACUAGACCAGGUACCCGAGGCACCUGCACGGGAAGUGGUUCAUCUCCUACACGAGUCUGGUGUAAGAUGCAACCACCAGUGGCUCGACCUCCUUGACAACACUAACAUGUCUCCAGUAAUUGUCAAAAAAAUAGCUCACUGCUUCAAUACUGAAGCAACAAUUGAUGUAAUUGAUGAACAUGUGAGAAGCUACGCUGCUCUCUUAUCACACCUCAGCUCCUGCAAGGUAGAGAUUACAAUCACGCGAGACCCUGGUGACCUACCUGACCUACCUGACCUGCUGGCUGCCCUCAACCACCACCACUGUACACACCUGGUAUUGUACCACCACUACUUUUAUGCUGACACAACCACCACUUCCACCAACCAGCUGAAGCGUCUACAACCUCGGAGUCACCUGGAGAAGUUCAUUGGUUGUCUUACUGGAGGAGGAGUCAGGCUGCUGGAAGAAUGUCACCAGCUGAGGCACCUCCAGCUGGCUGUGGUGAGUGACCACCACGCUGGCCAUCUCCUGCCACAACUACACCACACUGUCACCUCCACACUACAUCAACUAAAGUGGCUAAACAAUAGAGAAACUAAAACCGAACAAAUAUCCCCAGCCUCUGAUGAACUGUUUGGCAAGGUAUUAGAAGGAAUGUAG